AUGGAUGUACAAUCAGCCACGUAUAUGACUCUGUCGCCGGUGGUCCUCUCCGACGAUCUAAUACCUGAAGUACUUUCCUUUCUAUCCGUGAAAUCUCUUUUACGAUUGAGGUGCGUGAGUAAGUCUUGGAGAGCCCUCAUCUCCGAUCCCGUGUUCGUGAAAUUGCACCUCAAGAAAUCAUCAACACGAAAAACGCUCUUCUCACUAAUGAAGAAGCAUCCAUUAUCAGAAUCGGUCGACACUCACCAAAGUGAUGGUGAGGUGUAUUGCGUUCUAUACCCCAAAAGUCGUUUACUCCAUAACCCGUCUUUCAAACUUUCCGUUGAUUCUUACUACCUAUCGAAUGAGAAGGACUGCGAACAUAAGAUAGCAGGUUCCUGCAAUGGAUUGAUCUGUUUGACCGGUUUUUCUUUCACCUUUACAUAUCGAGAGUACUGGCUUCGUAUAUGGAACCCAGCCACAAGGACACUGUCUCCAAAAAUUGGGUAUUUUCGCGAUUCUUCCAACUCUCCACAUGAAUAUUACUCGCUUCCAGCUUUCGAUUUCAAGUUUGGCUAUGACAAUUCAACGGACACUUAUAAGGUGCUGGCGACUAAUAUCUAUCUCACAGGCACUGUAAGAAUUCUCACUUUAGGUGAUAAUGUUUGGAGAGAUAUUGAAAGUUUUCCAGUUGUACCUCUGAAGAGAAUAUACAGAAAGAGUGGAGGUGUGUAUUUGGGUGGAACUCUUAAUUGGUUGGCGAUGGACAAUGAUUUUCCCUAUAGUGUUCUUAAGAAUCAUGCUACUGUUGAGCAGUUUCGUAUUGUUUCGCUUGAUUUGGGGACUGAGACUUACAACCAGUACAUGCUGCCUCGUCGUUUUGAUGAAAUGCCGCCUGACAUGCCAACUCUUGGUGUGUUGGGUGACUGCCUUUGUUUUUCUUAUUCUCCCAACAAAAUCAAUUUUGUUAUAUGGAAGAUGCAAAUAUUUGGGGUCGAUGAGUCUUGGGUCCAAUUUCUUAAAAUUAGUUACCAGACUCAGCAUCCUGAUUUUCAUGUAGUGCCGUUAUUUCUUUUUGAGGAUACACUCAUACUUACGAGUCAUAAACGCCAAUCAAUUUUAUAUAAUUGGAGAAAUAAUACACUAGAGGAAAUAAACGUUACUAUUGUCAAUAAUAGAACUACCGAUUAUGUUGAAAGUUUAGUUUCAAUUUUUUGA